AUUGCCGUGAGUUUCGUAUUUUAAUGUCGACAAAUUCGCGAAAAUCAGUGAAAUAGAAUAGAUUUGUGCGUUACAAUACAAGAGCGCAUCGUGCUGACAAGUUGGUUAAUACGUGAUCAUAACGAAGAUUACCUGUUGUUUCAACUGGUCACAUCGGAGAAUGUUUCUCAUUACACCGGUCGACAAUAAUCGUUGGGUCUAUGCAAUGCACGGAUUAGAAAAGCCCAUGGAUCAUGUAUCUGCUGGCGGUGUCAUGGCGGGCUCCGUUGCCACUCUGGCGAUCCUUUGGGUGUCCCUGCAGACAAUGGGACUUUUGGGUCACUCUCAUUCGAUUGGCACCUAUAAGUUGCCUGAAUCUCUGCAGAAUUAUCUUGUCAGUUAUACUGAAGUGCUUUCAGGAUUGCCAUCUAAUUAUGGUUCCGAAGUUAUCGUGGAUACCGGUCGACUUCAAAAUCGAAGAUUUCCUAAAAUCGAUGGGACAACUCUGAACAAUUCGAUCGCGUUCGCGCAAAUGUUAAUUGAUCGCAUGAGCACCCUUGAGAGUAACAUCGCUAACGCUGGAAUUGAACUUAAAGCACAAAGUCCAGCCGAGAAACAAUUUUGGAAUUCUUAUCCUUCUACGGAUGCUGUCGACAGGAGUAUCGAUGCUAUCGUGGCAACAAAGGCGUCAUCGUAUCUUGUGCAUCAAAACUGCCGAAGAUUUGGCUUAGAUAAAAAUGACUGUGCUCGCUACAUAUCGACGUUAGGUUUGCGUGACACUCCGCUUGGUAAAUCUUGUGCAGCGGUACAUAGCGUAGAAUGCGACGAGAAGUUCAAAUACCGCAGUAUUGACGGCACCUGUAAUAAUAUUGAAAAUCCAAGCUGGGGCAGCGCGAUGACUGCGUACACCAGAGUGCUAUUCUCACAAUACUUCGACGGCAUCCAAGAACCGAGGCGUGUCGGACACUCUAAGAAACCACUUCCAAGUCCAAGGCUUGUAAGCGCCACUUUAUCUACCGCGAAUGAUCAAUCGGAUGCUAGCAGAACGCUGGCUGUGAUGGAGUGGAGUCAAUUCAUUUCUCAUGACAUGGCUUACACCCCAGUUCGUAAGAUGGUUUCAACGAGAAAACCAAUCUCUUGCUGCCAACCGGAUGGAGAUACUCUAUCACCGCGUCACGUUCAUCCAGAUUGUGCCCCGAUCAGUGUGCCAGAUCACGAUCCUGUUUACGGCGACCAUUACGUUCGGUGCAUGAAUUACGUCCGAUCGUUACCCGUUUUACGAUCGGAAUGCACUUUUGGACCUGUAGAACAGAUGAAUCAAGUAAGCCAUUUUCUGGACGGUUCUACAAUUUACGGUUCUAGUAUGAAGAAAUCUCGCGAACUUCGCACUUUCGAAAAGGGACAUCUUCGCAUUGAUGUGCGAAAUAAUCACACGUACUUGCCAAGAGGAGAAAUCGAAUUUACAUCGCAAUGCAGACAGAACUGUUAUAAUUCUGGUGACGAUCGUGUGAACGUUCACCCUCAGUUAGCUGCGAUUCACACGAUUUGGCAUCGUGAGCAUAAUCGUGUCGCCGACGAACUUGCCAAGUUGAAUCCGGACUGGUCGGACGAGAUUUUGUUUCAAGAGACCAGGCGUAUCGUAAUCGCUGAGAUUCAGCAUAUCACAUACAAAGAGUGGUUGCCCAUUCUGUUGGGCAGAAGAUACACUCGAGCUAUCGGUCUCAUAGAAGAUAGUUACAGUCGUAACUAUAAUUCUGAUGAUGAGCCGGCGGUCAGCAACGAAGCUGCCACCGCAGCGCUACGUUUCCUGAAUUCACUGAUGCAGGAAAAGCUAAGUCUGCCGGAUAAUUUUCGCCAACAGAAUAAAACAUUACAGCUAGUGGAGCAUUUCUUUAAUCCACGCAUAAUCGAAUCGGAGGAGGUACUUGAUGGAUUGCUCCGUGGUCUUGCUACUCAAACUAGCCAGAAGAUGGAUAUUAAUCUCAUUUCAGACAUGACCAGCAAAUUGUAUGCUAGCGAUGUAAACAAUUUAGGUUUGGACGCCGUUAGCUUGGACAUUGCACGUGGCCGUGAUCAUGGACUGCCUGGUUACAAUUAUUAUCGUAGAUAUUGCGGACUUCCUGCUGCUAGAACUUUUGACGAUUUCCUAGAUUAUAUUCCUGUGGAGAUGAUGAAGAAACUUCGUACAAUCUAUUCCCAUCCUAAUGACGUUGAUCUUAUCGUGGGUGGUAUGGCAGAAAGACCAACAGACGACGCUAUGAUCGGCCCGAUCUUCCGCUGUCUUAUUUACGAGCAAUUCUCUAGAUCCCGUCGUACUGAUAGGUUCUUUUACGACUUAACAACGCAAUCGUAUCCCUUCACAUUUGAGCAAUUGGCUCAACUGCGUAAUGUUACCUUAGCGCGAAUAUUCUGCGACAAUGGCAAUAACAUCACACAUAUGCAGCUCAAUGUGUUUCUCAAGCCACAGACAGGGAACGAAUUGAGACGCUGUACAGACUUUGAGGCGAUACCUAGUGUGGACCUCUUCGCCUGGGCAGAGAGGGCAAAAGCAUAUCGUUGAAGUCCCUAAUCAAUUAACUCACACAACAGUCCGUUUUGCCUAUAGGCGUAGUGUAAGCCACAGGAAGAAGGCUUACGACAAACGUAUAAAAUAGACGUAUGGAAGAAGCGAUUGUACGAGGCUUUGUAAUAGUCUCAUCAGAAUUGUCGCAAUAAGUGCUAUGCAAUAACGGCAAUGCUGACGCGCACGCUAUGAUGAAGUAAUUGAGACAGUAAAAGGUAGAGCAACAGUGGAAAACAUGUGACUAGUCGAUUAAGAAAAUAUCUAUUAGUUGGAACGAGAUCAAAUGAGAAUCAUUGAUUGCAAGUGAAUAAACGAGUAAAUGACGAAAAAGUUAGCAUUAGAGUUUCCUUUGUGACUAAUUUCUCUUAAAGGACUAUAUUAUGUGGAGUAACGAUUUGGUAUUAUAUCGUCUGAUACACAUAUAUAAGCGCAUCCGUAGAGUUAGUCUUGCGUACGAUUGAGAUGUGUGGGGAUAGUGAGACACAAGAGUAUUAUCAGCAUAUUUAUAUUACUGUAGAUGAUUGUAUAUAAUAGAAUCGAAAUUAAAGAUGAAAAACUCA